AUGGACACUACUGAAGCUGAGGCGGCCCAAGUUGUGGCUCUGAUGCAACUAGGUUUAAGCCAAUUUGUUGCAGCCAGAAGGUUAAAGGAAGUUGCUGACCGUUGGAAUAGAUAUGGGACAGGUGCUGGUUCUUCAGCGCUUAGUUCACUGCGAGGGGUGCGUGCUGUGGCCGCCGGUCCAGCUCACAUUGCUUGUUUGCUGGAAGAUGGUACAAUCUGCCGCGCUGCCUUCUCUAUCAUUCCCGAUAGAUUGGACUUGAGUAAAAAUGACGCUAGUAAGAACGGCGGCAAUGGCGGCGGGGGUAGCGGUGGCGGAGGUACUAGUGGCGGCAAGCAAGGCGGCAGUGGAGGUGGUUGCGGCUCUCGACAGCAGCCACGCACCAGAGCUCGAAUCAUGAGGAAUUCAAUUCGCGCGACGCCUAGCUCACAAGGAUCUACCAGCCGAGCGACAGGCGUUAUUAUCGGUGCGUCGGGGUCUGGGCGAGUUGUGUCGGUUCCAGCGCCUUUUGUGCCCGAAGAUCUGGUAACGCAGGCUCAAGUGGUCCUGCAGGGAAAGAGCAGGAGCCUAAUUAUAAGAGAGUUGCAGAGAACCAACUUGGACGUGAACCUUGCGGUGAACAACUUGCUGUCGCGUGACGAUGAAGAGGGCGAGGAACCAGAGGGUGGCGAAGGUGGUGACGGCUACGUGCCGGAGGAUCUGAUAUCUCUUCUGGAUGGAGGAUUUCACGCCGCGCAGCAGGACCACUCCGUCAUCAUCGAUGCUGACACCAUGUUUUCUGAGGACAUCUUCGGUGGGGGUGGCGGUAGCAGCAGCGGCGGGCGGGGCGGCGCCAGUCGCGAGAGUAGCAGUUCCACACAGGAGCGGCCCUCCGAGUUCAGUCGUUGGCGCGAGCGACAGUACUUCGGGCCUCGCAGGUGGCUCGAAUCUGCACUACGCGACACUUCUUGGGACAAGGAUGGUGGUAAUAAUGAUGGAGCAGAGAGCAAGAAAAAGGAUUCUUCAAUUGCGGCUUCACCACUUUGGGUUUCGGAAGAAUUGGAGUACUGGGACAGUAACAUUCGGUUUACCCACAUUGCGGCAACAUUUAGUGAGCUAAUCGCGAUCUCUACCCAAGGCCAACUGCACCAAUGGCGAUGGGCUGAUGCUCACCCUUACCAACGUAAUGAUGCGUCGGGAUCAGCGAGUGCCUUCCAUCCUCGUGCAACCUGGCUGGGUAUGACUCCUGGAGAGAGAAUUAUCAACAUCAGUGCCGCCGGCAUCCGUAUAUCUGUACUCACAGAUACCGGCAGGAUUGCUACCUUCCUAGACGAAUCUAUUGCUCAUGCUCCAGGAGCUUCACGUCUAGAACAUCCUCUGCAGACAUUCAUGGAAUUUGGAUCUGACAAGGCAAUCUCUCUACAUGUAUGCUCUCUGUAUACUGUCGCGAGGUUGGACUCUGGGGCACUUUAUUGGUGGGGAGUUCUUCCAUUGGGUCAGAGAGCGCGUCUCUGGGAAAAACAUCGCGCUCGGUCUCGCAAACAGCAACGUGGGCAUUCGUCCACAGCGCCGCAAGACUUGCAGGCUGGACAGAGCGUUACUAUGAAGAAUGCUCCUAUGUAUCAACCUGGUGCUGUUGGAUUCAAUAUGUCAACGGGUGUACCGAAAGUGGGUGUGCUACAGAAUGCUGCCUGGAACCUUUCUGAUAUGUGCCGGUUUAAAUUGUUACCACCACCACAACCUGACCGCUCGGUUUCAGAUAAAGAUAAACGAGAUUUACAGAAUCAGUCACCACUAACAGUAUCAUCUGUAAAAGCUUCAUCAUCUAGUGGCAACAGUAAGGAUGGGGCCAAGGAUAGCAACAAGGAUAUGGCUGACCGCCUUGAUAUGCCCCCGCCGCCUAGUCCGGCUUCUUCAACCUGCAGUGAUACAAGCACAUCACACAAACGUGCCAAGCGUGUAACCGUACGCGGUGAAGAAGGUUCGUCUAACGAUGGUUCCAAGCGUGAUGAGGAAGAAUGGCCGCUAAAAGAGGUGGUAUUCCUUGAAGAUGUCAAAAGUGUGCCAUUAGGGCGAGUGCUUAAAGUAGAUGGCGCGUACGCUGCCGUACGUUUUCCUACUAUAGGCAAGGACGGUAAAGAGGUCGUACCAUCCACACCUGAUGAUCUAUCGACGCUACUACAAGAUUGCCGACUUGUGCGGAAAGAUGACUUAGUAGCUGUCAAGUGGGGUGUUGGUGGUGCUGCUGGACCACGAGGACCUGAUUGUCUGCAACGGUCGCCUAGAAAAAUAGCAUUGCCGGCUGAUGUGCAAGUUAUUACUAUCGCUGUGGAUAGCCGUGGUGUGCACGCGGUGGUACGCAGACCGGGCGGAGCUCUAGCGUACGCUGUCUAUGCUGUGGGAACUACACGCGCACUGACAGACAGCGUUUUCCCCACCGACAACAAUGCAUUGCUCGGAUAUUCUAAUGGACAAGCUAUACAACUAACUACAGCUGCAGAGGGCAGCGAGCCAGUGGUGAUGAUGUUGGACGGGAACGGCGCGCUGUACCCGGUGUCGCGCGACUGCGUGGGCAUGGUGCGCGAGCCGCCCGCGCUGAACCUGGCGCCGGCGCGGGCGCUGGCGGCGCACGCGCUGCCGCUGCAUCCGCACGCCGCCGCCGCCGCCGCCGCGCAUCCGCACCACUCUGCGCUCAAGUCGCAGGUUGCUCUUAUUAUUUUGGUGCCGGAGCCUCAGCUUAUGAUGCCACGAGUUUUACGUUGCGAUCUUGAUGGCGUGCGUCAAGUACUGCACCAAUUGGAAUCUGAUACAAGCAAACAACAAAUAUUGUCUAUCUUACAAGAGCGCUGUGAUGGCAACAGGAAUAUAAUACACGCAUGCGUUCAUAUGUGCGCGCCUACAUCUAAUAAGGAACCCGAUAUUGUGGAAAACGCUUCGAUGCCCAAUUUAGCGGGUGGCACGAGUGCUGGAGGCGCUAACGCUGAGGAGUCUGUGCCCGCCAUCUCCUGGCCUCCAGAGACCUUCGAGGCAUCGGGAGACGAGGACAGCCUGAUGGGACUCACUAAUAAUGGUAAAAUGUCUGGCGGUGGUAACAGUGGCGGCGGCGCAGUGAGCGCGGACCCAGCGGAGCGUCGCGGCAACGCGCUUGCGGCUCUUCGAGCACUCUGCGAAAGCCCGAUACUGCAGCCAUUCCUCAUGCAGCUACUCACUGCCAAGGAUGGAAUGGGCCAAACACCAUUGAUGGCUGCAGUGGCUGAGCGCGCUUACCGUGCGGCACUAGUAAUAUUGGACGCUAUCCGAGCCUGUCCCGACGCAGACGAAGCUCAACGUUCCGCUGCUAUCUUCCCUCCCAAUGCCAGUCCUGAUCAUUCUCCACUAUUGGUAUUAUGCUGCAAUGACACUUGUAGUUUCACUUGGACGGGUCAGGAGCACAUCAAUCAGGAUAUAUUCGAGUGCAAGACUUGUGGCUUGACUGGAUCGUUGUGUUGCUGCACUGAAUGUGCAAAGGUAUGUCACAAAGGCCAUGACUGUAAGUUGAAGCGCACAUCUCCUACGGCAUACUGUGAUUGCUGGGAGAAGUGCCGCUGCAAAGCACUUGUCGGCGGCAACUGGACUGCGCGCUGCGACCUACUUGCACGACUCGCUAGAGAUACUUCUCUUGCUACACAUUUUAAUUCAAGGGGUGAAUCAAUCCUGUUGUUCCUAGUUCAAACUGUAGGUCGUCAAGCUGUAGAACAACGUCAGUUCCGUGCCGGCGGAGGACGAGGACGUGGACCUCGGAAGCAGCCAGGCUCCGAUGCUGAAGUUGAUGCUCCUGAUCAUGACUUGGAACCGCCCAAGUUUGCUAGAAGAGCGCUGCUGCAUUUAUUGGGUGAUUGGCCUGCUGUUGAGGCAGCGGUAAUGUGUGGAUCUAGUGGUGCUUCUGGAGAGUCAGAAAGUCGCCCUAGUAGCCCAGCGCCUUCACAAUCGGGUACCACAUUGCUGGAUAAGUUUACUCAUGCUCUUAUCGUUAAAUGUACUAAUGAGAUGUUGGAUACUCUCUUGCAUACACUCAUUCGAGAGCAACAAAACGACACCAUCCCGGGUCGUGCUGAACGAGCUCGCGAAGUAGCGCGCCGAUUUGUUCGAUCUGUGGCCAGGAUAUUCGUUAUAUUUAGCGUCGAAAUGGCUCCAGGCGCAGCCAAGAAGAAAGGACCGUUGUCGAUCACGUCAUCACUUGUGCGUUGUCGCCGUGUGUUUGCGGCGCUGGUCGCCCUCGCUGUCGAAGAGCUAGUAGAAGCAGCCGAUGCUCUGCUGGCCCCAGUUCGAUUGGGUGUCGUACGUCCUACGGCUCCGUUCCCGCUAGCGACUACCUAUGUGGACCUCGUGAAUGGCAGUGAAGACUUAUUCGGUGUAGAACCGCUUUCUACGGGCCAUUCUAGACUCGCACACGCACGGAGAGAGUCGACGGCAGGCGGAGGCCGUGGCACGGCGGCAGGGGGCACGUCGCUGGGCAGUUCGACGCUAGUGCCGGACCGGUCUUCCACCCCAGUGGCCACCGAGUACGCUGACGACGUAGCGGCGGAGGCGCUGGGUGCGGACGACGAUGCCUCCGAGACCGACGAGCCCGGCGCCUCGGCACCCCAGCACGCCGCGCACUCUGCGCAUUCCGCGCAACCGCAGGACAACCAGCACCACGACGAUGCUAUGCCUGACAGGGGACAAGAACAACACGUUGUAGUAGAGAAUGGAACUGAGCGUGCUGAAGGCGGGGAGAGCGAAAGUGAGCUGGACUUGUUGGCUGAAGUAGAGACCGAAAGCGACUCGGACGACCAGGACAAUGCAGAGUCCGCACAGCGCAGCGUGCAGACUGGAGCCACUCAGGGAUCCGAUGCAGGUAUGGCGUCGUUGCUUCUAUAUCCAGAGGAUGAAAGUGGAGAUUCCACCCAACCGGAAGAUGAGGACUCUGAGGCCGGGGAGACGGACGAGCAGGACGGGGAGGCCGAGCCACCGCUGCAUGACGGGGAAACUCUCGAGAGGCGUACCGCGCCUCCGGCCAGGCCCAACCUGGCCCCACAUUCUAUGCAAUGGGCAAUACGAUCUCGUGAGACGGCUCGUGGCACGGGCGGUAGUACGGGCGGCGUGAGGCUGACGGGCAGUUCGUCGCUAGUGUUCAUAGACCCCGCCUCACUGCGACGCUCUGCUGCCGCUGCUGCAGGGGCUCACGACCCCCAUUCUACGUCCACCACAGCUUCUUGCUUGGCUAGAGCUUUUGGCAUUGUUAUACGUCAAAUUGCGGAUUUGUUGUGGGAGUAUGAGCGCGUGACGCUUCCUUUACCCCGUAUGGUGCCCUUAGCCUACCGCGAGGCGUUGCGCCUGCAGUGCUACCUUGAACGACAACUCAAACCUACUUGGCACUGGCUUGUCACUGUUAUGGAUGCCACUGAAGCUCAAUUACGUUUUGGUGCAUCAUUGACUUCUAACAAUGCGAGUACUUCGACGGGUGACAGUGGUCGCGCUGCUGCUCCUGCGGCUCGACGAACCACGUCACUAACAUCCCCGGCUACACGUAUCAUUGGGUUCUCUGAAGGACCCAGGGCAAGGGACCGAGAACCAGGAGUGGAGGCGGGCAGCGCGCGGCGCGAGUUCCUGGCGUACUGCCUGUCGCUGCUGCGGGCGCACAGCGCCGAGCACGCCGAGCAGCUGCCCGUGCUGGACGUGGCGGCGCUCAAGCACGUGGCCUACGUGCUCGACGCGCUCGUCUACUACAUGCGCGCCGCGCAGCCCCAGCCGCACCACCACCACCAUCUCUGGACUCCGGAUGAAAAUGAAAACGAAGAAGGUGAUGAAGAGAUGGUAGUCGGAGGUGGCGCGGCCGCGGAGUCAGACAGCGAGGGUGAGAGCGCCCGCGGUCGAACGCAUGCGUUCUUCCAGCGCUCCGACUCUACGCUGUGUCUGGGCUGCCCACCACCGGAUCCCUUCAAUAUGACAAUGCAAGACGCACUACCGUUAGCGGAUCAGCCGCAACUGCUUCAACCGAACGCUCGUCGCGAAGAAUUGUUUGGAAUGCCGCGGCAGCCCGUCACCGUACCCGCCUCCGGUGAUGCGCCGCCCGGUGUUAACAACCCGCUAGAAGUGGUUCCUCGCCGACUGGGCCUUUCGACCCGCGGUACGGAUCGCGGAUGGUCGCCUCCGGCCAGACCCGCGUCAGCGCCACCUACCCACACCCACACUUUAACUAGAGACGAACCACAGGAUUUAUCUUGCGCAAAGGACGUACCAACUAAGAUGGACAUUGAUACUGACGGUGAAUAUUUAUCUGAUUCUGAUUCAAAUGAAGCCCGACAAAUACCAAGAAAGAAGCAUCAUAGACAUCCACAUUCAGUAAAUUUGUCAGCUGGAACCAGUUCUAUGCACGAUUCCAUGGCGCAACCCUCCGAGUUCCAUACACUAGUAGACACGGCCUGCUCCAUUAUGGAAGCACCACAUCAACAGAACAUAUCGGCAUCCCCAUCACCAGGUCCGAGCGGAUCAAACACUGUAGUAGCAGAGUCGCGCGCUUCAUCAUCUCGCAGUCCCGGCAAGAGUGUUAUUGGUGAGCUUUUAAGUGCGGCAGAUCCUCUGGAAUCUCAAGAGAUUUCAGCGCAUGUGACAGUAGAAACCACAGGACUGCCACCACCGCCGCUCUUACCCACCCUCAACGCACCAACACAGCCGCGCGCCUGUCCUUCUUUAGGCGCCUCUGUGUCGCACGACCUGUUGCUGGGUAGAUGGCGUUUAUCUUUGGAUCUUUUUGGCCGUGUCUUCACUGAAGAUGUAGGCUUAGAGCCUGGAUCGGUGGUCGCAGAGUUGGGCGGAUUCCCUCUAAAAGAGGUCAAGUUCCGUAGAGAUAUGGAGAAGCUUAGGAAUUCUCAACAAAGAGAUUUGACGUUACAUAAAAUGGAACGCGACCGUGCCAAGUUGCUACAGCAAACCUUUGCGGAGUUGAAUAGCGCGUUUGCUGGCCAGAACAGAAGGGCGCACAGUGCGCAGCCCCCGUUAGCCGUCAACCGUGUUAAAGUGACUUUCCGAGAUGAGCCCGGAGAAGGUAGCGGCGUAGCACGCUCCUUCUACACUAGUGUCGCUGAGGCAUUGUUGGCAAAUGAAAAAUUGCCACCAUUGGAGCCAGCCACUGGAGCCAGUACAACAAGUAGCAGUACCAACGGUACAUCGAGUUCUGCCAACACGAACGCGAGUGGAGCAAGCAGUAAUAGUGGGGCGCGGAGCGGUGCGGGUCGUGCUCGAUCGAAAGACACAGCGCGACGAACACCUGGCCGACCUGCGCCUCGCCCGCCUGCUUCUCGUGAGCCACGCAGGGUGCUUAGUGUGGAUGCGAGACCCUACUCUCCACAGGCGGCGCCAGGGACAGAGGGCGCAGGUUACAGCGGUGAUAGACCCGGUGGCCACAAUGAACAUCUUACCCUCCAUCAGGCCCAACUGGGAGAACGACUUUAUCCAAGGGUUCACUCGCUGCACCCUACGUUUGCGGGAAAGAUAACCGGCAUGCUUCUAGAAUUGACGCCGGCACAACUACUAGUGCUGCUGGCCAGUGAAGAUGCAUUACGGCAGAAAGUGCGUGAAGCAAUGGAUCUCAUAGUAAUGCAUCCUUCUGAAGCUAUACUAGACCUAGACGUUUUUUCGCUGUCGGAGCGCGGCGGCGGAGCGGCGGGCAGCGCGGGGAGCGCGGCGGGCACGUCGAGCGCCGCCCCCGCGCCGCCGGACGACGCUGCUCCGCUUUUCUAUUCGCCUGGAAAGCGCGGCUACUACUCACCGCGACAGGGUCGCGCUACUCCCGAAAGAAUCAAUGCCUUUAGGAAUGUCGGCAGAAUAAUCGGGUUAUGCCUCCUUCAGAAUGAAUUAUGUCCAAUGUUCCUAAAUAGGCACGUCCUUAAAUAUAUUUUGGGUAGACCAGUGCGAUUCCAUGACUUGGCUUUCUUCGACCCUGUUGUUUAUGAAAGUCUUCGACAACUAGUUGUGGACGCUGAAACUGGCGACUCCCAUUCCCUGUUUGCGGCUCUUGAUCUCAACUUUAGUUUGGAAAUGUGCGAAGAGGAAGGCGGUGGAUGUGUGGAGUUAAUACCAGGCGGGCGCGACAUCGAAGUAACCGCGCUCAACGUAUACGACUACGUACGCAAAUAUGCUCAACAUCGAAUGCUGCUCUCACAAGAGAAAGCACUUGAGGCUAUGCGGGUUGGCGUGCUCGAUGUGCUGCCAGAGUCAGCACUCGAAGGAUUGACUGCUGAAGACUUGCGUUUGCUACUGAAUGGCGUGGGAGACAUCAACGUUGCGGCACUGGUGUCUUACACUAGCUUUAACGAUGAGAGCGGCGAGCCUUCAGAACGUUUAGCACGCUUCAAGCGCUGGUUGUGGGCGAUCGUAGAUAAGAUGACGCAUUUGGAACGACAAGACUUAGUGUACUUCUGGACCGGGUCCCCCGCACUGCCUGCCUCCGAGGAAGGUUUCCAGCCGAUGCCCUCGGUGACCAUUCGGCCAGCGGACGACGCGCACCUGCCCACCGCCAACACGUGUAUCUCGCGAUUGUACAUACCGCUGUAUUCUUCGCGGCACGUGCUCAAGCAUAAAUUACUGCUUGCCAUCAAAACCAAGAACUUUGGCUUUGUCUAGACACUCGCCACUAUUUGUUAUAUAUUAUAUUCUUAAGUUUAAGCCCAGUCAUGUAAGACUGCCGCUAUAUUCUGUCACUAUGUAAAGGUUUAGAAAAAUUACGUGUCAUUAUAGAGUAUCUUGUAGAGCUUACUUUAUUUAAAACUAUUAUACUAGUAUUAACAUACUGGUCUAUAUUUAUUUGAUCUUUUUUAUUUGACGAAUCUAUUAAUUCUAUAUGACUGGGUGUAUUUGACUGAAUAGUAAUAUUCAAUAUGCAGUAAUUUUUGUUAGAAAAAGGCCCAAGGACGGUCCGCACAAGUACAUAGUAAUUGUUAAACUUUUAAGCUCAUAGACCAUAAGUAUUUAACUGUUAUUUAAAAGAACCUAAAGAAAUCGCCAUUCUGUAUACAUGCCUGUAUUAGUUGGAAGUUGAUUCAAAUCAUAGAUCAACCUUUUUUACUGAUUUUCUAAAUUCUUUUAUUUAUCUUUUUUCUGGAAUUAUUUUGAUAAAGGCCUAACUUGAAUGCAUUUGAUUGCUCUUCUCAAUUAUUGAUUGUACUUUAUCGCGCGAUGGCAAGCAAAGGCAGCGUCAGAAAAUAUUCAUGAAUAUUUCUAUUGUUUAUAUAGCUUUGUUAUAUAGUAAAAAUUAUAUAAGAUAAUACAGUAUGAUGGGUAUACUGCUAUAAUACUUUGGGUAAGCUUGGGUAGAGAGGCGUCGGAUCCGAGCAAUGGUGGUAUUGUGAUAUCAGAGGAAGUAUUUUGCGCCUCAUUCUCUAAAUUUAAGAUUAUACUUAGAUUUCCUUUGAUUAGUUGUAUUAAUACAGUUCAUAAUAAACAAUCUCAAAACGCUUA